AAGCCUGGGGCCCACACGCGCGCGCGUGUCUCCAUAUAGGCUAUAUAUAUAAGUACGCGCGCGCUGUCGGGCGAUGCUCAGAACAAGCAUUCCGCGCAGCGCGAGCGAGGACGCACGAGACAUAGAGAGGGAGAGAGAACGAGAGAGAGAGAGAGAGAGAGAGAGAGAGAGACUGCACCAGCUCGCUCGCGCUGUUCCGCUUCAGGAUUUGUUGAAUAAAGUACACAAUGGUGUUUGGUGUUCCGUCUCGCGGACGUGUUGCUCGGUGGAAGACCGGAUUAACGCGCGCGCAUUAGCCCAGUUUGAACCUGUGAGUGGAUUAUAAAGGAAAACUUCUUUUCCUUUUUUUGUCUCUCUCCAACUCCUGGAAUUUGCCCACUGACCGGAUUUAAGCGUUGUCUCGCGCGCCGUCUCUGCUCCAGCCGCUCGCGGUAAGCAGGAGAGACAGAGGGAGGAAAAAGAGAACGAGAAAGAGAGAAGCCGUCCGUGUCAUGGCCUCUGGCCUGUGAUCGUCGCCGCGAGCUUCCUGCCCCGAGACGCACCGAACUGAUCAGGAUGAAGAGCGAGUUUGUGUCGUUUCCGCUGUGCGCCGUCACGCUGCUCACGCUGGCUCUGUCGCAGCACUGCGCCGCCAUCCGAUGGCUGGCUAUAUCCCAGACAGCGGAGCACAUUAAUAAGACGCAGCAGUGUAAGACGCUCCCCGGCCUGGUGUCGUCGCAGGCUCAGCUCUGCCGCACUAACCUGGAGCUCAUGCAGAUCAUCGUUCAAGCCGCACGCGAGGUCAAAAAGACGUGCCAGAAAACGUUCGCUGACAUGCGCUGGAACUGUUCGUCCAUCGACGCUCCCAAAUACCUCCCGGACCUGGAGAGAGGAACGAGGGAGUCUGCGUUCGUGUACGCUCUCUCCGCCGCUGCUAUCAGCCACACCAUUGCUCGAGCAUGCACCAGCGGAGAUCUGAAGCUGUGUACGUGCGGCCCGAUCCCAGGUGACGCUCUCGAGCCCGGGCACAGGUGGGGCGGCUGUGCCGACAACCUGCACUACGGCCUCGUCAUGGGAUCAAAGUUCUCAGACGCUCCCAUGAAGAUGAAGAAGAAAACCGGGUUACACCCAAACAAACUAAUGCACCUGCACAACAGCGAAGUGGGGCGACAGGCCUUAAAGGAUGCGCUGGUGAUGAAAUGUAAGUGUCACGGCGUCUCAGGCUCCUGUUCCAUCCGCACCUGUUGGCGAGGGCUACAGGACCUGAAGGAAAUCGCUCAGGACCUGAAGACGAAGUACCUGUCAGCCACCAGAGUGAAGCACCAGCCCACAGGGACGCGCAAGCAGCUCGUCCCCAAAGACAUCGACGUGCGACCGGUGCGAGAGAACGAGCUGGUGUACCUGCAGAGCUCGCCCGACUUCUGCGCCAAGAACGACAAGAUGGGAUCCAUCGGCACUCAGGACAGGCAGUGCAACAAGACGUCGAGCGGGAGCGACAGCUGCGAUCUGAUGUGCUGCGGACGAGGCUACAACCCAUACACAGAGAAGGUGGUGGAGCGCUGCCACUGCAAGUACCACUGGUGCUGCUACGUCACCUGUAAGAAGUGCGAGAGGACUGUGGAGAGAUACGUGUGUAAAUGAGUCUCUCUCUCACACACACACACACACACACACACACACGCUGACGAUCCGAGCUGGAAUUCUACCGCAUAUACAUCUAUAACACUUAUACAUUUCUGCAUUUGGGAGCUCUGAUUAUCCGUCUUUAACCAAAAGCACUAAGCUACAAAGAAAGCUGGCGUUUCUCCUAACGCUUUUUUUGUUUUUAUAUAUAUAUGUGUAUAUAUAUAUUUUUUCCCCCAAAGAUUUUUUUUUACAUUUUUGAUUUUGGUAUGAACUUUGACCAACCCAGAGACUGGACUAAUCUGCAUUUUCCAAAAAAAUAAAUAAAAAAAUCACGACUGGCCGUCCUUUUUUUUUUUUUUUUUUUUUAAAAAGG